AUUCCACUCCCAUCCUAUCUUGGGGCCGACUCGCUAUCCAUUUCCUGACCACACUGGCGAAAGCCAACCGGAAGCGGAAGAAUGGACCAGGUCCAGAGUUGGGCGGCCUGUAAGCUUGAAAGGAAGGGCCGGGUCUACGUCCUCACCCUCACCGGCCCCAGCGACCAUCGUUUCAAUCCCUCCACGAUCGGUGACAUCGCCGCCUCCCUAGACGCCGUCCGGCUCUCGGAGGACGCCGGAUGCCUGGUCACCACCAACGAGGGGCGCUUCUUCUCCAACGGCCUCGACCUCCCAUGGAUCUUUCAGAACCUCGCCUCUGGCAGCCUUCGUAUCAUCCAGCUCAAGUUCGAGGGUCUUCUGGCCUCAGUGAUGAAGCUUGGCAUCCCCACCGUCGCCGCCAUAUGCGGUCACGCUGCCGGCGGCGGAUUCAUGCUCGCCCUGGCCCACGACUACAGGUUCAUGAAAUCCGGCAAGGAGGUGCUCUACAUGAGCGAGCUUGAUCACGGGAUGUUCAUGCCGAGAAGCCUGAUGACCGUGAUCAAGAGCAAGCUUCUCCCUGGCCCGUUAGUGGAGACUAUGCUGAAGGCCAGGAAGUUUCGCUCUCCGGAAGGUCUCAAGCUCGGCUUGGUCGACCGCAUCUUCGACAGCUCGGAAAAGACGAUCGAUGCUGCCAUUGACGAAGCCGAAAAGUUGGCAAGCAGGAACUGGAAGCGGGAUAUCUAUGCUAAUGUGAAGGCAGCAGCCUUUCCCGGCGUGAUCGAAGAGUUAGAGGCACAUAGGGACCCCUACCUGUUGCCCAAAGGAGCAAAGCUCUAACCUUUGUCUGUUAUUUGUGUCGUAUGAUUUAUGGGGGUUUAGAAUGCGGUUCAUCAUAUUAACGUGAAUAAUUCGACGUGGGGCUUUCAGUUCUAGCUUACAUUCCAAUACAACAAUAUGAACAAACUUUUCUGUUCAUUGUGCUUUCUGUUUUUCUGCAAGAUGUUACUCGU